AUGCCAGAUCCGACUCAUCAGAAUCAGAUCGAUCGCAUAGGGCUGGGCGCUUGGAAUCUCAGCGCCCUUGCGGUGUGCCCGCUUGCCGCAGGCGACGUCGUGCUGCGCGACAUGCGGCUCUGGCAUGGCGGCACUCCGAAUCGUCGCAACCGGAGUCGGUACCUGCCAUCUGCCGAGUUCCUGUCCACGUGGUAUGCAGGCUACACCGUCCAAGUCCCCGAAGACCACUUCAGUCCGCGCCCGGCGCUGCCCUUCGAGCACUGGCGGCGGCUCUCAAGCCAUGCGCAGCGUCGGGCACAGUUCAUCCUCGCCGCGCCCGAGCCGGUGCGGGCGACGGUACGCCAGGACUUCGUCCUGAUGCUGCCUUACGUGGCCGAGGAGCGGCCCUGA